AUGACCGCAGCACCAAGCCUGCGUGGCACCCAACGUGUCAACCGAUGGGAUCUGUGCACGUACAGCACUGUAAAUGAUAUGGCAGAUCCUUAUCACUGGGGUGCCUCUGCAUCUCUGAAAAGAGUAAAUGAUCGCCAACGCUUUUGUGGGGUUUUGUUUGAAUUGCGACAAAAGUGCUACCCCGCCAAGUGGAAACUUUUUGGAUUUACCACCGCACCGCAUUCUGCUCCUGCUUUUUGCUUACAUCACAGGACGAGUCGAGCAGAUUACAGUUCUCGCAGCCCGCCGUGUACAGAUGUCCUUCUAACCCCCUAUAUACGAACCCAUUUCCUACCGAAACCCGUGAAGAUGAUGUCAGCAAAGCUGGCCGAGUCGGGUCGCAGCACGCCUUCAGCUCCGACCUCGGCUUCAGAGCCUGUUCCCCAGCAGGCCGAGGAUGCGACGUCUCUGGCCGCGAACACCGGCAGUGGUGCUACUACGGCGGCCCUGGAGAAUGUCGCGGCUACCAGCAAGAGUCCCUAUGUCCGAUCGCAGAAGGACAGUCCCAUAAAGUGGCAGGUCUGGGGGAAGGCGGCCAUCGACCGAGCAAAGUCCGAGAACAAGCUGAUAUUCCUGCACAUCGGCUUCAGCGCAUCCCAUUACUGCUACUUGACCAUCCAGGAGUCCUUCACGAACCGACACGUCAUCGACCUUCUCAACCACCACUUCGUACCCAUAAUUGUUGACUCGGAAGAGCGACCUGACCUCGACAACAUCUAUAUCAACUACGUCCAGUCCCUCAACAGCGCCGCCGGCCACCCUUUGAAUGUCUUCUUGACCCCCGAGCUACAGCCCGUCUUUGGCGGCACCUACUUCCCCAGCCCCGGCUCCCACCAUAUCGAACAAGAAACGGGCGAGGAGAUAGCAGACUUUCUCAUCGUCCUGCGGAAGGCACAGUCGGCAUGGGCCGAACAGGAAAAUCAGGUUCGCGCCGAUGGAAGACAAAGCGUCGAGGACGUGCGCAAGAUGACGAGUGAGGGCACACUGGGCCGCAAUGAUCGUCCGUCCAACACGAACGACCCGUCCAGCGAAAUUGACAUCGACCAGCUUGAGGAAGCCUAUAGCCACAUCGCCAAGACCUUCGACAGGACGCAUGGUGGCUUCCUGCACUUGCCCGCAAACGCCCCACCCAACUUCUUCUCUGGGAACGUUCCUCUGCAGCAAAUGAGAGAGGCUUAUGAUCUCAUAAGAAGCACUGCCAAGUUCCUUACCCCAGCGAAGCUCGCCUUCUUGUUGCGCGCCACCCAGUAUUCUCAGACUGUGACCGAUGUCAUAGAUGAGAAGCUCACCAAGGAGUGCUCCGACUUCGCCCUCGAGACUAUGAACCGAAUUCUCGACGGCGCUAUUCAUGACCAAGUUGGUGCCGGCUUUCAUCGCUGCUCGACAACUUGGGACUGGUCGCUCCCGACCUUCGAGAAAUUGUUGUCAGACAACGCACUAGCACUGGGAAUCUACCUCGAUGCGUGGUUUCUGCAAGGCGCUCAAGCUGAAACCCGCUUUGCCAAGGUCGUAACCGAGCUGGCCGACUAUCUGACCUCAUCACCCAUUCUUGUUCAGGGGGGCGGCUUUGCAUCUAGCGAAGCUGCGGAUUCCAGCCAGAAGCAGAGCGACGAUGUGCUUCGUCACGGUGCCUACUACCUAUGGACGCGGAAGGAGUUUGACAGCGCCAUUGGUGAUGAGCAGGAGCGGUCUGUCGCAGCCGCUUAUUGGGACGUGAAGCAGCACGGAAAUGUCGAAAAGGGUGAUGAUCCCAAUGAUGAAUACCUAAACCACAAUGUCCUUCGCGUGGUCAAGAAUGUGGCCGAGUUGAGCUCCCAAUUCAACAUUCCCGAAUCCGAUGUCCUCAAGCACAUAGAAUCUGCAAAGGCGAAGUUGCACGCCUACCGAGCUCAAGAACGCCCCCGGCCCAGCUUAGACGCGAAAAUUGUCACGUCCUACAACGGCAUGGCAAUCGCGGCACUUGCUCGGACGUACGCCGCAUACAAGGUCAUCGGUGGCAAUCCAAGAUCAUCCUCUUACCUCACUGCAGCCACCGAUGCAGCUUUGUUCAUCAAAAAGGAGCUUUGGGACUGGGACACUAACACACUAUACCGCAUGUACUCUGAUGGUACCAGAAGCGAGACCAAGGGCUUUUCUAAGGACUACGCUUUUCUCAUUGAGGGCUUGCUGGAGUUGUACGAGGCCACUGCUGACGAGUCUUGGCUUGAAUGGGCCGAAGACGUACAGUCGGCACAAAUCGAAAAAUUCUAUGACAGCCCCGAUGCCGACUCUAACGGCAAUAACGCUGGGUGCGGUGCCUUCUACAGUACAGAAAAGGAAGACCCCUACGUCCUAUUGCGCAUCAAGGAUGUCAUGGAUACGUCGCUACCUUCCGAUAACGCGGUAUCGGCCUCAAACCUGUUCCGACUGGGAUCUCUACGCGAGAAUGUGACGUUCACGCGAUACGCGCAGGAGACCGUCAAUGCCUUCGAGGCCGAAAUCCUGCAGUACCCGUACCUCUUCCCCGGAUUGAUGACUAAUGUGGUUGCUUCGAAGCUUGGCGUCAAAAGUUACGUUUCUGUCGGUGAUAACACGGCAGCCCUGACAAAGUACCACCUCAAACCCAGAGGCGCCAUCUCGACAUUGUUUCACUACAAACCCGAGAGUAGACUCGCCAUGUGUCGCAACAACGACCUCAUUGCGGAAUUAAAGGACCAGCAACCUGGUCUAUACAGCAUUGAAGCAGACGGCAGAUUGUUGCUUAUAGCUUAA